AGCCACUAGAGAUUUUUUUUUUUUCAUCAACAUGCAAAUGUUUCACCGAUGAAUGAUGACUCCAUCCACGAUAUUCAUUUGCAUAGUGUUCGUCAUAUCUGGUGUCAUUGGAUGGAGAAAUCCCAUCACGAAUUAUGAGGAGUCAGGGAGAGCAAAACGAUUGGCAUCGGAUGAAGAAGAAUUAAAAUAUUACACAACUCCCCCGUCAUAUUCUUCGGAAGAUGGGACCAUCGAAGGUCGACUUUUUACCAAUAAAAUUGUCAAGAAAAAUGAAAAUUACAAUGUCUUCUGGCCACCAAGUGCUCCACUGGGUGCGAUAGUUACUCGUCAACCGCCUGAUCAUCAGCCAUCAUCAAAGUCUCAAACGGUAACGCCUAUAAUGAAACUUUCACCCACACCUGCAGCUUUAACAACAAUAACAACACCAAAAACUACUACAGCAACAGCACCUAGGGCUGUUGGACGAGUUACAGUCGCUUCAAAUGAUGUACUGGAAAAGUUGGAGGCUGCAAUAAUCCUACGCGAGAAUGCAAUAACCGUUAUGGGCUAUCUCCUUCAAUUACCCCGUGGGCGAUUAACGAGGCAUCAAUACGCGUCACUCGAGAUGAUUUAUAAUGCACUGCGACAGAAAACCAUCUACCUAUACAACUUACUUCCAGUAUUACAGAAAAUGGAAGGGAGAAGUGGAUCGAUACAAUUUGUCCUUCUGUUGAAUGAACUGUCGCACAAUCCGCCACUGCAUUUAUCAUCAGUUAUCAAUUAUUGGAUAAAGCAGAUCACAAACGACAAUGUUGAUUUGAAUGGUCUUCUGGAGUCUAUGAAAGGCAGUCCAGAUCUCUUGGCGGGAAUUACCAAGAAAGCGAUAGAAUUAUCCAGCAUUUACCACCCAGAAGACGAGUUGGAGCACUAUGACGAUGAUUCCAAAGUUACAGAAGAACAAUUGGGAAAGGUUUACGUGAAAAUCUUCCAACAACUGUCUCUACCAAAUGCAAAACUUCCCCAAUUACUGUUUGGAUUAAUCCUUUUGGACUUGCCCAAUCCUGAUGGAGAUCCCGUCUUCGAUGAGUACGUUAAGUACGUCGCGGAAGAAGCGAAGCAACAGAGAAUUCCUAAUUGGAAUUCUCACGGUUACAAUCCAGAGAGUAGAGAUCCCUCCAGUCUACUUGGUAAUUUAAUUCACAAAAUUUGCAGAGACGGUGACGUCUCGCCCAAGAUGAAGAAGAUUUUAAUGUAUAUUUUGAAUCAUUUCGAAUCAUCUGGAGGUGAACAUUUCGAAGAUUCUAUCAUGACUCGUCAGGAUGAUGACCUGAAAUUAAUUUUGCUGCCGGUGGCACCGCUCAACUUUGAUGAGUCAAUACACCAAUUAGGAUUAAAAUUACAAUACGCUGCAACUGAUGACAAUCAGAUUGAUCGCAUUGUGGGUGAUAGCAGUGGAUACAUAUAUCGUUACCCGAGAGACCAAAUAUUGUCUCAUCUAGCAAAAGUGCAAACAAAAUUAACCGAUGGGGAUGGGGAAAUUGAGAGAAUUGUAUCGGCAUUGUUAUCCAAUUUAAUUCUGAUCAAAGGCAUUUCAUCCCCAGUAGAACAUUACAUACCCCUGUGGACGGUUAUCGAUGUUAUUGACGAACCAGGAGCUGAUCCAAAAAUUCGAGAAAUGAUUAAUUACAUCACUCACGAGAUGUAUCAGAAUGUGGAUCUGUGGAAUGGAGUACAACAAGUCAUUACCCUGGACAGUGAUCAAUGUGUUUACCCGAAGAAAUGUGUGUUGAAUAUGCUGGAGAAGAUGAAAAAAAUUCUGAUAAGGCAAGAGACAGAUCCUCAAGUGAUAGCAGGGUUCGAAUUGUUGAUUAGUGCUGGUUACCAGGACAUUUACAAAGAAGAGCAUAGCAAACUCAUCUGCGCCACCACGACAUCUUCUACUUCUCAGGUUUCAGAGGAAGAGGUGCAUAAUGAGGAGCCUUCUAGAGCUAAGUUAGAGGCUGCAUCCACUACAGCGCUGGUAACUCAGUCACCUACAAAGGUACAGGAUCCAGUAGGACAUGAAGAGCCUUCGAUCUUCGAACAAGUUAACGAUUUUCUUGCAAAGCAUUCGACAUCUCCACCAACAAUAGCAACAACUCCUCCACCAACGUCUCCAGCAACGACCGCAUCACCAACGACAUCACCGACGACGUCUCCUGAGCCUCCAGUAUUGCCCUCUGGUCCUCCAAUACCAUCAAAGUUACCACCUCACAUAGAUCCCUCAAAAUGCAUCAUCUUCGUGAAAUCCACGAGGGGACCACCAGUCGUCCAAACCCUGCGAACUCGAGUUGAUUCCCAGGUACCAGGAGCCAUUAUUCUUCCUUCAGUCCUUCACCUGGAGGAGAAGCCCUCCAACAACACAAUUAUCUUGGACCAGUGUCACGCACAAAUGCGACGUCAAAUUGUGAAACCCCUGAAGGCGAUGUUCGGUAAGCAUUACGUCAGCAGGAUGUUGGGCAAGCAUCACUGGUCUACUCACUUUCCCACGAAGAUAUCUGUGAUCAUUGACGUGUUGCGAAAGGCUUCUUGGAACAGUCAAGUGCAGACUCAGCCGAUGUUGGUGAGUGAUAUCGAAGCAACACUAGAAGCUCUUGAGUUCGUAGCAUCAUAUAUUCUAUUACCACUGGUGGCUCACUUCAUGGACUUCGAUAAGCCCGUGACUUGGGUGACCUUUGGCAACAACACGGACGAGACCUUCCAGGUAAAUUACAAGAAGGAUAUCGUAUAUUUCGCUCGCACCCCACCUGAUACCUAUCAGAACAGUUCACUGUCGACAAUGCCUCUGGUGAAUCCAAAACACUGGCUAGAACCAAUUUCCGAAGAAGAUCCUUUUCCGGGUCUUUUGCCCCAGCUGUCAAGGAACACGAGCUACGAAGUAGCACUUCGGCCAUUAGUAUCAGUAUUCCACGCAUCUAUCAUAACCUCAUUAUUGGGCGAUGAUAUCAUUCCCUCCUGGUACCCAAACAAAGGAGCUCUAUUCAUUUGGACCCUCCACCGGCUGCGAGCAUCGGAUAAAAUUAAAUCCGAUAAGGUUUUAUUGGAUCUCAUCGAAAAUUACUUGAGGAUUAUCCUACCUCCGAGUAUAUACGUUAGAGUACCCUCAGCUUUAAUAACCAGUAGUAUGCACGAGUCGAGUGGCCGUUGGACUGUUGAUUUACUUGGGUUAAUGAAAGCACUUCCAAUACCCGAGUCUAAUAGUGAAACUAGUGUAUGGAAUGGUAUGAGAGAUUUUCUCUCCAAGAUCAAUUUACUUGAUGAAUUGGGUGUGCCCUUGCCACCGUUGAGAUCACCCAAAGGUGAGUUUCUAACUACCAUUAUCAAGACUGCGUUGAAAUCUUCAGAAGUUAUUAUCGAUGAUCGAAUCAGGAAAGCUCUGCUCUAUUAUGAAGACAAGGUCUUUCAUGAUGAUGAGGGGGCUGGGGAGCUGAGUUGGGUUUGGAUUCAGAAAUUUAUCCUGCAUACGGACGUCCAUGUUGGUCAGACUAUUGCCGAAGUCCUUCCCUACGACAGCAUCCCCCAGGAUAAGAAGGAAGCGUACAAUGAGCUCGUCACAGAUCUUGCGAAAAAUCCACAUCUACUUGAAGUCCACAACGAAUUGCCGGUGGGCAGCAAUGUCUCUAAAGGGGCCUUUGUCCACGACUAUCUCCUGUACUUGUUGAAACAACGGGAUUUAUCACCAGGUGCUAGAAAAAGUAUUGGGGAGCUGCUGCCGUAUGUGAUGCUAACCGAAGCUGGUGCUAGAGCUAUGCCAGCGGCUCGCGUCGAAGUGGUACAUUGAAC